AUGAAGCCCUCUACCAUGUUGGUCGCCUUUGUUGCGACCAAUGCUGUGGCUUACCCUGGCAUGGACCGGGUCCUGAAGGAGAUUGAAAUUCGAAACGGAGACAUUGAGCAGAGGUCAACCGAGCUGCUAGGUGACGUCGCUGGUGGCUCAUUGAGCGCAGUUGGCCAGACGAUCAAGUCUAUACUGCAAGGCAUGGCAAGCGCAGUAGCCGACUUGAACACGUACAAGACCCCGGGCAGACUGGGCUCAGACUCAUGCGACCGGGACCAGUGCUGCGUUUGGAAGUACAUCGCGGACGACAUGUCGCAAGCCUUCACAGACUCCAAAGGGUGCAGCUCACUAGCCCGCGGCGCCAUCAGGCUGGGCUUCCACGACGCAGCCACGUGGGACAAGCACUCGUCGCACGGUGGGGCCGACGGGUCUAUCUUGUUGUCGGACGAGAUAUCGCGCUUCGAGAACCGUGGCCUCGAGGAGAUUGCCGCCCAGAUGAAAAAAUGGUUCGACAAGUACAAGAAAUACAAGGUCGGCAUGGCCGACCUCAUCCAGAUGGGCGCCACCGUCGCCACCGUCUCUUGCCCUGGUGGUCCUCGCAUCAAGACGUACGUCGGCCGCAAAGACGAAAGCCGCGCGGGACCCACGGGCAUGCUCCCUUCGCCGCUGCAGAGCGCCCAGGCCCUGAUUGAUUUAUUCCAGGCCAAGACGUUCACGGCAAGUGAUCUAGUUACUCUGGUUGGUGCCCAUACCGUCUCGCGACAGAAUUUUGUCGACCCAGACCGUAAAAAUGCGCCGCAAGAUUCGACGCCUGGUGUGUGGGAUAACAAGUUUUAUUCCCAGACGCUGGGCAAUGACAACAGCAGUAUCCUGAUAUUCCCCAGCGACAAGAAAUUAGCUACGUUCUCGCAGACGGAAGGACAGUGGAAGGCGUUUGCUGGGAACGGUGGGCAGCAGCAGUGGUCAGCUGCAUUCGCGCAGUCGUACUUCCGCAUGAGCAUGCUGGGCGUUAAGAACAUGAACAGCCUCACCGAUUGCACCAAAGUUCUCCCCCAAGGGAAGUAA